UACAUGAAUUUAAGGUCAUGUGGUCUCUACUGUUAUCAGUUCAGCUCCUGGCUUCCUGUUCCUCUAUAGCUCUGUGGCCUGGAGCAGAGGGGACAACGGCUGCAGAUGUUGUCUUCUUACUGGAUGGAUCUGGGAGUGUGAGGGCAAAGCAGUUCUCGGUCAUGAAAACCUUUGUGAAAAAUUUGACCAGAAGUCUCUUGGAAUUCAACACCUCAUUUGCCUUUGCACAGUACUCCAUAGAAACCAUCAUCCAUGUGAACUUUCAUCAGUUCCAGAGAACAGGAUGGGAAAACCAGGUGGACAGUAUCAGCCAGAGAAGAGGACGCACAUAUACUGCUGAUGCUAUCAAGACAGUUGUGGAAGAGCUGUUUGAUUCUUCUGCUGGAGCGAGACCUGAUGCCCAUAGGAUCCUCAUUGUCCUCACAGAUGGGAAAUCCGAUGAUGCUUCAAGCUAUCCCAAUGUCACGGCACAGGCUGAUGGAAAAAACAUUACUAGAUAUGCUAUUGGGAUUGGAGGUGCCUUUAGCAGUCCGUCAGCACAAGAAGAGCUCAGGUCUAUUGCAUCAUCACCAGACCACGUGUUUAAGGUGGACAGCUUUGAGGCACUGGACAACAUCAGCAGCAGACUGGUGAAGAGUAUCGUGUUCACAGAAGACUCCUCCCUUCUCUGCCAUCCUCUUCCCUUCAACUACACUCUGCAUGGCCUGGUGUUUGUCCCAGAGCGGAUGUCCUGGGUUGAGGCCCUGCACCACUGUGCUGAGAGGGGCUCCAGGCUGCUGCACAUCCUGGACAGCUGCACCCAGGUCCGUGUGGAGGAGCUGCUGGCGAUGGUGGCUCUCCACCGGGGCUGCGUGGAGAAGGCCUGGGUGGGCCUGGAGCGCUGCAUGAUCAACCCCCACGCCCCCUGGGAGUGGAGCGGAGGAGCCGUGGUGGGGCACUACCAGCGCUGGAGCCCCAGCUUCCCCCACAAGCCCUGCUGCUUCCACUGUGGCCAGCUGCUGCAGGAGGGGGCAGCCCCGGGCCAGGAGCACCGGACCUACCGCUGGCAGGACGCCUGCUGCCGGGAGAAACUGCCCUUCAUCUGCGCACCUGCUAAUGGCACUCAACCAUGCCAGACUUGAGACAGCAGAUGGCAGUGAAGGACCAUUCAGCAGGUACAUUUCAACAAGGCUGCAUUGUGCCUGCUGGAUCAGUAACCAAGCUCUAGAUAGAUAGAUAGAUAAUUUAUUGAUCCCCAAGGGGAAAUUCAAGAAUCUCUAGAAACUCUAUCAUGUAGUUCUGAAGUAUCAACACACACACUCCCAGUCCAGAAAUAUCUGUUCAAAACAUUAUGAAGAAUCACACCAUCUUAUGAUUUAGAAUGUAUGACAUGAGAUGAAGUGGAGUUAAUAACUGAAAUCUGUCCAUUAGUGCAAAACAUUUCUUCCCACUUAAAUGCAAAUAAUAUGUGUGAGAUGACAUGGAAUUCGGUGAUAUGACAUAUUCUAAAUAAACAAUAAACACAUUUUCUUGUCAUUAAUUAACAAAUCUGAAUGUCUGAUCGU